CAUUCCCAAAAAAAUGGCAAGCUCAUCGUCUUCCAAUUUGGAGAUACGUUAUCAAUAUCCAGAUUCAAAUCCAUACACGGCAAAGAACGUUCUUCGACAAGCAGCAAAACAGCUGUCCGAGCGUGGCUUAGCAUCUUCGGCAAAAUGGGCAUUAGAGUUAUUAGCAUACGUUCCCAAACCGGAUUAUGAUGAUGUGAAAUCACCAAGAACGACAGCAGCUGAUAUGGCAGGCUUCAGAUUUGCAACAGAUACUCCUGCUCAACAGCGUAAUAAAGUAUCGCCCAUAUAUCCCAUUCAAUCAACACCCGCAGUCGGUCAAACUGCCGAUGGAUCAGGAAGGUUUGAUUCUUUAGGCAUUCCACCAAGUCCGUUACCUGGUACAAGUGGUAGUGCUGGUGGACCAGGCAAUUUCAGUCAAAUAGGCAGCAGUAGCAAUGCAUCCCAAAGGAUGCUUCAACCAUUGACGCCUCUCGUACCGGCAUCAGCCAACUCUUCCGCUUCUGCACACGUUCGAUUUGCCGCAACAGAAAUCUCAGAGAAUCAAUCACAAGCAGAUACAAGUAUGGCAGCAUAUACAGAUACGUGGGACAUAAUGAAUGAAGACGAAGAAGAUAUUUACAUGCUCGCAAAGAAUCUGUUCGAUCACCAUCAAUGGGAAAGAAGUGCAGCAUUGUUGGAAAGGCAUAAAGUUCGAGGCCCGAAAGCUUUAUUUCUGAAGCUGUACGCAAGAUAUCUUCUCGUAGAAAGACAAGCGGAAGAAGACUACUUUCAGGUAGCACGCAAGACAAGAGGGAAGAAUGUACGCAGAGCAGAGUUGCUGCCACUGAUGCGGGAGCUGCUGGAUCCGUCUGAUGCUUUCCUAUUAUUCCUGAAAGGGAUCUUGUUCCGCAAAUUGGGAAAACGGAUAGAGGCAAUCGAUUGUUUCCUGCGCAGUCUGGAGACAUUUCCUUACAAUUGGGGAGCAUGGCAGGAGCUUUGUGCGUGCUUGGAAGGCGGACAUGCGGAAUUGCAAGAUAUUGCUUCGAUGCUACCUAAUUCUUUCAUGACAUCCUUCUUUUGUGAAUUGUUUGCUCGUAGUGCAGCAGCUCGAUUGCAAUCCGAUGAAGCUCUUCGAAGGAUCGAUUCGCUAUUGACAAUGUUCCCAAGUUCUCCUUAUUUGCUGGUCUCAAGAGGUCAAACACUGCAUCUAAUGCAAGAAUUGGAAGCUUCUGAAGCAGCGUAUGAAGCCGCUCGUGCGGUGGACCCUUAUCGAUUAGACGGUAUGGCAGACUAUUCAAACAGCCUAUUCGUUCAGAACAAGGAAGAGAAACUCGCACAUCUUACUCAUGCUUUGGCAGAAGCUGGUCGGGAAGAUGCAGAGGUAUGUUGCGCUAUAGGAAAUUAUCAUACUUUGAGAGGUGACAAUCAUCGUGCAGUGGAAGUGUUUAAAAGAGGUGUACGUUUGGAUCCAAGUUGUGCUUCAGCGUGGAUUUUGUUGGGACAUGGAUACAUUGAAUUGAAAGACAGUAUGGCAGCGGCAGAAAUGUACAGAAAAGCCCUCGAACUCAACCCUCGUGACGUUCGAGCAUGGACGGGAUUGGGUAACACGUACGAGCUGAAUGGCGCUUGGGCACAAGCAUUGCAUUAUCAUAAAAAAGCAGCUGCAACAAGUCCUUAUGAUUUCCGCUUUUGGGCAUCAAUGGCAAAUUGUUACGAAAAGCUAUCCCAACCUAUUCAAGCUAUUGAAUGCUAUAAGCGCAUUUUGGCACUAGAGCAUAGCAUUGAUGCUCAAUUAGCCAUCAUGGACAACAUUGCAAGAUUGUACGAAGGCUUAGCAGGUGGAGAUGAGGAGGAGGAGGAAGAUGAAGAUGAGGCAGACGUCAGGGCAGCGAAUGCUAAUGGCGAUGAUAGUGCAGCACAUGCUCGCGAUCUCUUGCGUGCAUGUGCUUGGCAUCGUCGGAUCGUUGAAUUGAUCGAUCGUGCAAGGAACGAAGAAGAUAGCGCAGAACAUGCUGCUCGGGUAAAAGAGCAUGUUGGAAGCUUCUUGAUCGCCGCUCGUUGGGAGAUGGGCAUGGUUACGUUUGGAGAGCCGGAUGCAACACAAGAUGAGAUGAAACCAGGAGCAACAAGUGUCUCAAGUAUGGAACUUGACAAUGGCAUAAGCAAGCCUCGAAUUGGGAAUAUCAAUCUAGCACGGGAAUAUUUGCAGAGAGUAAUCAUGACAGGAACAGAGGCAGUGUUGGAAGCGGAAGAAUUGAUGAAAAAAGUAGCACUACUACAAACAUGAAUGUAUUAUUAGCGACAAUGUAAUAUAGUACAAAAAUUGAAUCAAACAUUUAAAAGAGAGCCACCUCUUGAUUUAGCGAGCAAUGUUCUAUAUGUACUCCAAAUUGCAUCUCCAUCUACGUAGCAACCUUUUAGCCAUCGUUUCACGUCAUCUCCACCUUCUGCUUUUUCAUCCCAUUCAAAACCACGUCGAGAAUGUAGCACUCUACGGUUAUCGAACACUACACAUUCUCCUUCUUGUAACAUGCGUUCAUAUCGGAAUCGAGCAUCGUGGGUGAGAUCGGCAAAGAUUUUCAAAGAUUCAUAGAAUGCUUUACGGGUAGCAGGCGAAGCAUCUACCAUGACACCAUCACUUGGCCAACGAAGUGGCA